AUGCUUUAUUAUCCAGCAGAUCUGUUUUGUCUACUAAUAACCUUUCCGUUAUUAUCAGCCGAUGGACAAUAUUCAGUAGCUGAUAAAGCAGAACGCUUGAGGCAGUGGCUUGAAGCAAAUCGUCAUUCUUUCCCACAACCCAUAACCGAUGAUUUAAUCUCAUCCAUAUCCGGAAACAAUGAUAUCGCCACAACCGUACUCAAAGUUUUCGGUUUUGGUUCGGAACCGAAAGUUUUGGAAGCACAAUUUGCCAGAACAACCGAUUUACCUACCACUUCACGUAGUGGAGUCAAAGUUGCUGACAGACAAGUUUGUCCUUUCGAUGCUGAUCCAUUAAUUUUAUCUGGUGAAUACAAUUACUGUCAGCCAACAACAAUUGGAGAAUGUCCAACUGGCUUCGUCUGCGAUUUUAGCUUAGUACUUGGUCGAUCAAUAUGCUGUCAGGACAUGCGUAAUCAACCAAUUAUUAAUAUAAGGGUGAAAUCACCGAUAAAUUCAACCACCAAUCCUUUUUUCACAACACCUUCAUCGAGACAAGAAAAGAUCAAAACUCAUGAGCAUAUCUGGUUGUCUACAGUUCCCAAUCGUCGAUCACCCUGGUAUAUUAGAGGCAGAACUCCAUGGAAUGGAAAUGCUCAUACCUUUGUCACUUCAAGGGCGAUAACUGUGCCUACAACACAGAUGUAUAAAAGACAUGAAUUAUCGACAACAGAAUCUGCUGUAAAGGUAGAUAGCAAAGAGGUGUCCGCUGAAGAAUAUAUUAGCACUGCUAGCAAAAUCGUCACACCUGAAUUUGGCGUAAUUUCAAAGAAAUCACCUCAAACAACAAUAUCACCAUCCUCAAUUCCCGCAAUACCCGUCGAUCACCUGACAUCCGUAUCUUUAAUUCAAGUUGGUAACGUUAAGAGAUUGACGGACAAGCAAAUACUCCUUGUUGGGACAAUUACACUUAUUAACGAUCAGGGUUACCGAAUACUGGUGGACACUGGAUCUGCCGCGGAUACUGAAUCGCUCCUACAAGGUCUUUCGAAAGAAAUGAUUUCCAUGAAUGAAAUUGCGGUAAUUGUAAUAACGAGUGGACAUCCGAGUCAUACAGGCAAUCUUAACCUUUUCCCCCUGAAAUCAAUACUUUUUCAUACGAUGGAAUUUGUGGAACAACAUGCUACUGUCAGCGAACUUAAAGAUAGACCUUACCGUAAACUAACAGAAAAUGUAGAAGUUUGGAAAACUCCUGGCUUCACACAGCAAAGUCUUAGUGUGUUGGUUUAUAAUGUGGAAGGAUACGGAACGAUGGCUAUCGUUGGCGAUUUGAUACCAACGGAAGAUUACAUUUUCAAUAGGACAGAUUCAAGCGUAGAUAUCGAUGAAAGUGUUUGGGAUUCACUGAUCAGAAGGCAAAAUUCAAAUUUGAUCACAUGUUUAGCGGAUUGGAUCAUUCCCGGUCAUGGGCAACCAUUUAAAGUGUCACCACUUUAUAGACAGCGAGCAGGAUGCACACGCUUGUUAGCGCAGCGGAAGAAAUUCG